AUGGUGAAAGAGGAGGACGAACUUGGUACGGAAUCUGAUCAUUGUCGCCGACGGAAUGCUAUUGGCGUCAUCGUAUCUGGCCCUAGCUCUGACCACGUUGUACUUCAGCCACAGAUGCAAUACGGAUUACCUAUACGAAUUAUAAUUUUUAAUCGAUUAUGUACAUCCACAGAGAGCGUUCCUUCUUUACAAACUGGAAAUAAUGGUUUCAUUGGGAAAUCACUAGGUAGAAGACUGCUCAAGAAUAGAAAACGCGAAAAUGAGAACACAUUUUGCUUCACUCCCGGCUGUGUAAAAGCUGCUGCUUCCGUGAUCAACAAUAUGAACGCAUCAGUAAAUCCCUGUGAUGAUUUUUAUGAGUUCGCAUGUGGAAGUUUUAUCAAAUAUACGAUUAUCGACGACGACAAACCGUUUCAGACGACAUUCAGCAUCGCUGGCGAUACGCUGUUGAACAAGCUGCGAAUAAUCGUCACCGAACCCAUUAAACCUGACGAACAGAAACCGAUCAAAAUGGCGAAAUUAAUGUUUAAAUCGUGCAUGGACAAAGAAAAAAUCGAAAGAGAUGGUUUGGAACCGUUUAAGAAAAUGUUGGAAGGCUUCGGUGGAUGGCCGGUGCUUGAAGGCGAUAAAUGGAGUUAUACUGAGUUCACGUGGAAGGACAUCGUGUACAAGAUUAGAGAGGCGGGUUACAGCGUGGACUACUUGAUUCGAUUUACCAUCGGCAUAGAUUUGAAAAACUCCACGAUGAGAGCUGUUGAACUGGACGAAGCGUCCUUGGCACUUAAGGGCACCGACGAAAAGUCCGUGGCCGCGUACUUCAGGUACAUGGUGGACAUUGCGGUGCUGUUCGGCGCUGACCCGCACAGGGCCAUCAAGGAGCUGAAACAGUCGUUGGAGUUCGAGAUCCGAUUGGCCAAGAUAUCGAUGACGGCGGAAGAGCGCCGGGACACCGCCAAGCUGUACAACCCAAUGAAACUUGCCGACCUGCAACAAAACUUCCCGACCAUACCGUGGAAAGAGUACCUGAACAACCUGUUGUUCCCGCUGACCAUACAGCUGGACGACAUUAUAAUUGUAAACUCGCCGAAAUACCUGUCGGAACUCGAAAACCUACUCUGCAGUACGCCCCGAAGGAUCUCCGCGAAUUACCUGAUUUGGAGAUUGACCGCACAGUGCGUCAAUUUUAUGCCUGAAGAAUUGAGGAAACGAGAGUUGGAGUUCCUCACCGAGCAGAGCGGCAAGACUGAACGAGUGCCCAGAUGGAAGGAAUGCGUGGGCAUCAGUUCUGAUAGGUUUUCAUUGGCCAUCGGAUCGUUGUACGUAAGACAGUUUUUCGACGAAAGGGCCAAAAACGAAGCUUUGGAAAUGGUGGACGGUAUCAGGGAGGAAAUGAACAAAAUAUUAUCUACAAACGAUUGGAUGGACGACGAAACAAGGAGAACGCGAUAG